AUGCGAGCUUCACUGUCAUUGCCAUUCCUUGACAAGUUACAAAAGAUACAAUUGAAGAGAUUCAGCGUCUCCAAAAAGGUGACAUUGGUGCGAAGUGCGAAUAGGAAUAUUCUCGUAGACUGUGGUGAUCCGUGGAAUGGUGAAGAAAUUCUUCGGCAGCUUUCAUUGUUCGGAUUAGAAAAGAACGAUAUUCAUGUUGUUGUCAUCACCCACGGUCACAUUGACCAUUGUGGGAAUUUGUCAAUGUUCCAGAAUGCUACGGUCUAUAUGGACAGCGAUGUCGCUUCUACAGGAAGAUACACUACGUUAUCUGAGGUUUCUUACGUAAACAUUGAAAACAGAACACAGAAACUUGAA